AUGCAUAUCAUGGAUCUUGGAAACCUUUUGCUUAUUCUCACCACCUUCCUCUUUCUCUUUGUACUAUUCAACUUAGUUAUUAAGAAAUCCACUUUUAGUAAGACCAAUUUACCCCCAGGACCAUGGAAACUACCACUCAUAGGAAAUAUCCACCAACUUGUUGGUUCUUCACAACUCCAUGAAACCCUAAGAAACUUAGCUUCCAAAUAUGGACCCUUAAUGCACCUUCAACUAGGAGAAGUGUCCCACAUCAUAGUUACAUCCCCUGAAGUGGCACAAGAGAUUUUGAAGACUCAAGAUCUCAACUUUUGUGAUAGGCCAAACCUUCUCUUUGCAAGAGUCAUGACUUACAAUUGCACAAACAUUGCCUUUGGUCCCUAUGGAGAUUAUUGGAGGCAUGUACGAAAGAUAUGUACCAUGGAGUUAUUAACAACAAAGCGUGUUCAAUCUUUUAGGCACAUAAGAGAAGCAGAGGUUUCAGACUUGGUCAAAGCAAUAUCUCAAAGUGAAGGGUCCAUUUUCAAUCUCUCUCACAAGAUUUUAUCAACAACCUAUGGAAUAACGGCUAGAAUAGCAUUUGGUAAAAAAUAUAGUUACCAGGAAGAUUUUAUAUCAUGUGUUGAGGAGGCAUCGCAAAUAGGAGGUGGAAAUUGUAUUGCUGAUUUGUAUCCUUCAAUUAGUGAACUGCUUGAAAUGAUGAGUAGAGGCAAGACUAAGCUUGAAGAAGUGCACAGAAAAUCUGAUAAAAUAUUGCAAGACAUCAUAGAUGAUCAUAGAAAUAGUGGCGAAUGUGACAAAGAAGGAGAAGAUCUAGUUGAUGUUCUUCUCAAAUUUCAACAAAAAGAUUCCGAAUAUCUUUUGACUGAUGAUAAUAUCAAAGCACUUAUUCUGGACAUAUUUGCUGGUGGUGGAGAAACAUCUUCAGCAGUUGUGGAAUGGGCAAUGGCUGAAAUGAUAAAGAAACCAAAUGUAAUGGAAAGAGCACAAGCUGAAGUUAGAAGAGUUUAUGGUAGCAAAGGGUAUGUAGAUGAAUCAGAAUUGCACCAAUUGACAUACCUUAAGUCUAUCAUCAAAGAAACCUUAAGGUUACAUCCAUCUGUGCCAUUGUUAGUUCCAAGAGAGAACAAAGUACCAUGCCAAAUCAAUGGGUACCAAAUUCCAGCCAAUUCUAGAAUUGUUAUCAAUGCUUGGGCAAUUGGAAGAGAUCCAAGGUAUUGGGUUGAUGCCAUGGAUUUUAAGCCUGAGAGGUUUGUUGAUGAUUAUUCAAUUGAGAAUAGAGGCACAAACUUUGAGUUUAUUCCAUUUGGUGGUGGAAGAAGAAUGUGUCCCGGGAUUGCAUUUGCUACACCAAACAUGGAGUUGUCACUUGCUCAAUUUCUUUACCAUUUUGAUUGGAAGCUUCCCAAUGGAAUCAAGAAUGAAAAACUUGAUAUGACUGAGUUGUUUGGGAACACUGUAAGAAGAAGAAACAAUCUCUGCCUGAUUCCCAUUAUUGUCAAGGAUAUGCAUAAAGAUAACAAUGUAAUCAGCAGUUAGGAUUAUUAGUUACAUUUAGUUAGCCUUGGUGGUAUGGUUAGGUAAUUCUGUUUGAUUCUGUUUUCAUUCUAAUAAUGUGAGUAACCUAUGUAAGCUCUUUAUAAGGCUAAACUUUCCUAUGGUCAA